AUGGGUAGAAUGCUCAAACUUGGCUUUAAACCAAAUGUGGUGACCUAUAAUACUCUGGUCAGUGGACUCUCCAUCAAGGGAAAAAACUUUAGAGCCGUGCAGUUAGUUGAUGUUAUGGAGGAAAGAGGGUUUGAGCCCAAAGCAGUCACCUACGGAACAAUAGGACAGGAAGGGAAGUCGUUGGAGGCCCUUAAGCUCUUCAACAGGAUGGUGGAUCGAGGUGUUGAACCCAAUAUUGUCACAUUGAUUCAUGCUAUGUGCUCCGCAGGACAAUGGGAGGAUGUUGAAGUACUCUUAGCAGGAAUGAACCAAAGGGACGUCAGGCCAUAUGUUCUGACCUUCACCACUAUAGUAGAUGCACUUUGUAAGGAUGGGAUGUUUUCCGAAGCAGAAUCAACUUUUGAUGCUAUUAUUCGUAGAAGUAUCGAGCCUGACGUUGUCACGUACAGUUCAUUGAUUGCUGGAUAUUGCCUUCAGAAUAGAAUGGAUGCUGCCGAGAAUUUAUUUCAUUCGAGGGGUUUGAUUCCAGAAGACGCGACAUACAACACCCUUAUCGGCGGCUUUUGUCAAAUUGGCAACAUACAAGCUGCAGAGAAACAUUUUGAAAAGAUGCAAACUGUCGGUCACCCCCCAGGCAAUCUGACAUACGCAAUUCUCUUGGAUGGGUAUUGUAAACAUGGUCAUUUUGAUAGGGCAGUUGUACUGUGCCGGCAAUUGGAAGAUCAAGAGGUCAAUCAGAACAUUGUGGUCUGA